AUGUCUGCUCUGACUGAAGUUAUCUCUAUUAAACCGAGAGCACCAAGGAAUACUGUGGUUGACUGUAUGAACGCGUCGGUAGGGCAGCAAUAUUGGAUCGGGCAGGAUAUUCGAUGGAGAAAUUUUCUUGCAGCUCGAAAUACCUUUGUUCGGGAGCGAUUGCAAUUUGAAACAGGGUUAUCGCCAAAACAGUUUAAGGGCCUAGCUAUGGUCCAGAGGCGCUACCGUAUAGGCCAAUUAGAGCGCAUCUUUGCUGCUGGAUUCUUCCAGUAUACUCGUGAUAGUGAUUGGAUGCAGGAAGCUGUUGGGAAUAGUGACAGUUGGAUAUAUAUUCAUGGUAUGAGCGCAUGGCAUGUUAAAUCAGCCCUCCAUGCCUUAGAGCAUAACAGCAGAGGAUCGUCCGCAGAUUCGGCAACCGCGCCCACUGACUCGGCUUCAUCCGCCCAGGCCAUGCUGUCUCCUCUUCCGCUUUAG